GUCUUUUCUCUCUUGAUGAUUUCUUUCGCGAAACAGUCGUAAAUGCGAACUAACUUCAUGCUUGCCUGCACAUUUCGUUUUUUAAUAUUUUUAUCAUUUAUUUUUUUCUCAUUAUCAAUGCAUUAUCAGUACGUUAUGUUUACUUGAAACUUUUUUAAAAAAUACUAUAAACAGUGACAGUGAUAAAAUAAAUAAAUAAAUAAAUAAUAUUUACAAGUGUUUCGUCGUUCAAAAAUUAUUUAUACAUGCGACAAAUGGAUUAUUAAUAAAUUUAUUUUUAAAUUAAAAUUUAAAAAAUAAUAAUUAUUAAAAAUAAUUGAAGAAGCAUAAAAAUUUAUAAAUAUAAAAAUUAAAAAUGAAACCAGAAGGAGAAACUAAAGGUUUACCAAAUGCAUUUGGACUUGUUAUGUCUGUUUUGACACAUGUACUAUUAUUGGCACCUGUCAUUUAUAUUUUGUCAUUUUUUAUUGGUAAUUUGGAUGUACUAUUUUCAUGGCAUCCAACGUGUAUGGUCAUUGGUGUGGGUUUAUUAAUAUUUGAAGGUGUCUUUAGUAUAUCUGGUGAGGCAAAUUUAAAUCAAAAAGUAUCACGUAUUAAUAGAAUAACAAUCCACUGGAUUCUUCAUACAAUUGGCCUGUCAUUGAUGUACAUUGGUCUAAUAGUAAUAAUAAUAAAUAAAAAUAUUCAUGAUAAAGAACAUUUUACAACAUUACAUGGUAAAAUUGGUUUAGCAUCAGUAAUACUUGCAACUUUUGUUGGAUUAUUUGGUGUAUUAGCAAAUAAUACACGUUGGCUUUAUCCAAAAGUACGUCCAAUAUUAUUAAAAGUUGUACAUGGAUAUGGUGGUAUUGGAAUGACAAUAUUAUUUUUAAUAACAAUUAUAAAUGGUUCAUGGAAUUAUGCAUUUCCUGAUAAUUCAACAUCACAAAUUCUUGUUCUCUUAUCAUUUAUUAUUGCAAUUAUAAUAAUAUUGUUUAAGCCAAUAUUAGGAGCAAUUGCUAGAACAAAGGUAAUUCUACGACCACCACAACAACAAAAUCAAACAGCGUGAUCAACAAAUUUAAAAAUUUAUCUAUCUACAAUUAUUAUAUUUUUAUAUUUUUUAAUAAUUAUUAACAAUUGAAGAAUAUUUAUUUAUUAUACCUUUUGAAUAUAGUACAUCAUUUAUGAGUACGAGCUCUGAUGACAUUGAUGAUCAAUAACAAUCAUGUUGGUGGCACACCUGUGGACAAAAAUCAUUCAAAAUUAGCUUAAAUAAAACAUUCAAUAAAUAAGGAAGAAAAUAGACACACAAGGUUUUUGAUGAUUUUAUAUAUUUAAAAUUUCACCACAAUGAAAUCUUUGUGCAUUGGAAACAUCUGGUUCAAAUUAAUUACACAUGAUUCAUUGUAAAUUUAUUAUUUCGUUUUAAAUAUUUUUUUUUAUACUUUUAUUCAAGUGCAGAUAAUUUUGUUAUUUGAAUGCGUCACUUGAUGAAUAUUUAUGCAAAUUUAAAAUCACACAAAUGAAUAUGCUAAUGAUAAUUAUACUAAAAUUAAUAUUAAGUUGAAAAAAAAAUAUAAUUGUUGAUGAUAAAUACGAUAAACAUUAAAAAAGAAAAUUAAACUUUUUUUUAAAUUUUAUAUUUUUAGAUAAUUUAUAAUUCAACCAUUUAUCAACAUUUUUUUUUUUUUAUAAUUUUAUUACACACGUACACACAUUAUUAUGUACACAUAUAAUUUUAUAAUUUAUCUUGUCGAUGACACAAUGUACAAUAAUAAUAAUACAAUCAAUUACUUUUUGUCAAUAUAUAUAUUAUUUAAUUUUUCAAAUUUUAUUAAUUCCUUGGAUUUGUUUUUUAUUAAUAAUAAUUAAUAAUAUUUUGCAGUGUUUGUCAACUUAACAAUAUGCAACAACAUUUAUUUAUAUUUUAUACAUUUAUUCUUUUUUUUUUUGUUUAAACAUUUUCAUAAAAUUUAAUUAUAUCUUUCGUUUGAUUUCAAUAUUUUUGGCUUUAUUUAUUGUGUCUUGAUUGUAUAACGUUUAUUAAUUUUUUUUCAACUAAUAAUUUUGAUUGUUAUUAUUUUAUUUUUUAAAUGAAAUUUUAGCUAACAUCGAGACAAUCAAUUCCAUUGAUUUAUUAUUUAAUAUAAAUAUUGUUUUUGUUUUUUUUUUUAAUUGCUCAAUUGUCCAAUUAAUUCUUAAUCAUUUCUCACUAAUUUUAAUAUGCCAUAAGGCAUUUUGUACUUUUCGCUCAAACUCUUCUUUGUUUAAAUAUUUUUUAAAACUUUCUUAUACUUUUUUAUCAAAAAUCCAACUGGUUUAUAAUCUGAUUAUUUUUUAUAUUAUUAUCAACAUUUUUUUAACUAUCAGUCAUCGUGUUUUGAUCAACCAUAAAAUUUUCUAAAUCAUUUCGCCAAAUAAUUAUUGUUACAUUUUGUUUUUUUUUUUCUAAUUUUUUUGUUUAAUGAAUUCUAGUGUCUUAUUAUUUACUCAUUUUUUCAACAUUUACCAUCUAGAACUAUUAACUUUAAUCACAUAUGGCACUAUAGUCACUUAAAUUUUUAUUUUCAAUUUUUUUUAAAACAAUGCUUAUUGACCUGAUUUUAUAUUAACGUUUAUUUAUAAAUUACUGGGGUUUUUUUUUUCUUUUUCAAUGGAUUUAAUGCAACUAUAAAAAAAAAAAUAAAAUAAAAAAUUAUAAACAAUUAUUUUGAAACAAUAACAACAGCUAUAAUAAAAACGAUGAAAAAAAAUAUAUAUAUAUUUUUUUCUAUACUAGUAAAUAACGUUUUUUUAGAGUAAAUAAAUUUCUUUUUUUUUUUUUCAAGUAAAUUAAUUAAUCUCACUUUUGUAAUUAAAAUACUAUCAAUUUAUGAAUUUUUUUUUUUUUGUUAAUUUAAUCAUUUAAUCACGCAAACGCAGAUAUGACAACUUGAACAUUUACGUUCAUUCAUAUCGGCUAUUUUAAAUAGUUUAUUUAUUUAUAUUUUUUUUGCUUAUAUCAAUUAAUUUUUUUUUCUUUUUUUUUCUUUAUGUAGAAUAAACUAUACAAUUCAGCGCAAGUCUCUGUUAAUUUUUUGUCAACGAUUAUACAUCAAUUAUAAUUCAUCUAA